CACUUCCGCACAGGGUGUAGUCUUUAGAGAGAGGAGAAACACCUCGGUUUUGACAGCAUUUGACCUUUCAUUAACUGCGUAGUAUUAUUUGAAACCGGCAGAGUUUUUACUUCUUUUUUUUUUUACAUUUUGUAAUAAUCUUACCACUGAAGCUUGUAGUGAUUUAAGUUGGUUAAUAAUUAACAGGCUAAAAUAUGCAAAACUACGCAGAGUCAAUCAGGAAUUUUGUAGAGAGGCACGCGACCGGUCUCACUGUUGCUUUUGUUGCAGGGGCAGGCGUACUGGCCUUGCGCAGAUGGCUGGCUGGUGGAGUGUGUCGGAGCAAGGUCAGGCUAGAUGGGAAAACAGUCCUGAUCACAGGAGCCAACGCUGGCAUUGGGAAAGAGACAGCCCUGGAUAUGGCCCAGCGAGGAGCCAGAGUGAUCCUAGCCUGCAGAGACAUGACCAGAGCCCGCAUUGCAGCUGAUGAUAUCCGGCAACAGAGUGGAAACGGUAACGUGGUGGUAAAGAAACUGGAUCUCGCCUCACUGCAGUCUGUUAGGGACCUGGCCAAAGAUGUCCUGGAGAAUGAAGAACGUUUGGACAUCCUCAUCAAUAAUGCAGGUAUCAUGAUGUGUCCUAAGUGGAAAACUGAGGAUGGCUUUGAAAUGCAGUUUGGUGUCAACCACCUGGGACAUUUUCUCCUCACCAACUGUCUUCUUGACCUGCUGAAGAAGUCAACUCCAAGUCGCAUUGUCAUCGUCUCCAGCCUGGCACACGAGAAAGGCCGUAUACACUUUGAUGACAUCAACCUUGAUAAAAACUAUAAACGUGAGGUGAGCUACCGCCAAAGCAAGCUGGCCAAUGUGCUCUUCUGCAGAGAACUGGCUUCAAGACUGCAAGACACUGGUGUGACAGUGUACAGUCUUCACCCUGGGGUCAUUCGCACGGAAUUAGGCCGCCACUUGUUACCUACUUUAGCUCUGUGGAAGAGGAUCAUAGCCAUGCCAUUUUUCAUGCUGAUCAAAAGUCCCUGGGAAGGAGCUCAGACCAGCAUCUACUGCGCUGUGGAUGAGAGCCAGGCAAACGUCAGCGGCCUCUACUACAGUGACUGUGCCUCCAAAACGCCGGCACCGCAAGCCCUUGAUGAUGCUGCAGCCAAGAAGCUGUGGGACCUCAGUGCUUCCAUGGUUGGUUUAGCUUAAACACAAUAGCCUGCCUUGCUUUUAUCACCUACUCUAACUGCUGGAGUCAGCCGCCGUGUUUUCUCAGGUGAAUCAAUAACAGCAAAUGAGGUUUAUUAUCUAAUGGGUAUAGGCAUUGCAUUAUAAAUGAUGAUUUUACCUGUUCAAAUCUUUUAUACCUAGAUGAUGAGUAUAACAUUUUGCACUAUUUAAUCUUAGACCCCAGUUAGUUGAUUGAAUAUUAAACUUAGGUAUAUUGCUUCAUCUUUAUGUUAUGCAGAUGCAUUAUGAUUUCUGCUUAAUUGUAUAUCUAUGGUGUGCUGCUAUAUCCCUAUUAAUCGACCAUCUGAUUGUUUGCAUUCCAAUGAGCAAUUGCGAAUUCUAAAAUGCUUAUGGGCCAAAUAGGCUGGCAUUUUGUCAUCAUAUGAUUUGUGCUGCAAAUUCUAAGAGACCUCAAACUUUUGCUUUUAUUCAUGGCAUCUAACAACAAUUGCCAACAUACAGUAAAAUGAUUGUACAGGCUGUAUAAUCAAUUCUGUGUCAACCUCAUU